GGCCUACUCUGUUGUGUGCACGUGCGGGAGUUGUCGUCGUCGUCGUCGUCGUCUUCAUCCCUUCCCCCCUCCCCGAGUGCCGUAACAACAACAACAAAACACAGCGGGAUUGUUGGAAACCGCGCCGGGGGGAGGGGUCGGUUUGGUCGCGGAUUUUUGUUGUUUGUUUAAAGCGUUCCGCCUCUUAACUCGCCAAACACGAUUACUUUAACCACGUAGCCUCCCUAACUAUUCCCCAACACUCACCUCGUUCGAGCUCGCGUUGGCAACUGAAUCGGGCAUCACGUGUUUGUUUUUUUCGUGACUAGCCCCGCGACCUGUGUCCGGGAUAGAUUGAGGAGAGUUAACAACAAUGACGGCUCUGCGAUCGGUCGCGCUCGCGCUGCGGCGGGCGACUCGAGCGACCCGGCGUGGACUUUGCCACCGCCCCGGUUCGAACCCAGCGCCACCGCGGUGGGAGUCGCCGCGGUGGGAGUCGCCCGUGGCGCUCUUCUCGUCGCUGCGUCUGCGGGCCGCGUGCCGCGUGUCCGUGCUGCCCCUGGACCCGCACGGCUACCCCGAUGGCGACAGAGCAUUCGUUAGGGUCUUCAGGGAACGGGGCAGUGAGCACGGCGCGAGGCAGUGUCCUGGAGAGGGCACUGGGCAGGGUCCUAGAGAGGGCACUGGGCAGGGUCCUAGAGAGGGCAUUGGGCAGUGUCCUGGAGAGGGCAUUGGGCAGGGUCCUGUAGAGGUCACUGGGCAGGGUCCUGUAGAGGUCACUGGGCAGGGUCCUGUAGAGGUCACUGGGCAGGGUCCUGUAGAGGGCAUUGGGCAGGGUCCUAGAGAGGGCAUUGGGCAAGGUCCUGUAGAGGGCAGUGGAAAUGGCAUUGGGCCGCAGAGCGCGCCCGCUGGUCAGGGCAGUGCGUUGGGCGCACGAGGCGUAAGCGUGGACUACAGCGAUUCCCACAAGCGAUUGCAGGUGACGGGGAAUGAGCGAGCCGUCGGUUACCAACUGGAGGUGACCGUGCCAAUUAAAUUUGACUUGGAUCUCGCGACCAGCGGGGAUGGUGGAGUCCACGUGGGCAGCAUGGAAAGCGAUGUGUGUAGCGUACGUACGGACAGAGGCGGCGUUCACUUAGCAUCUAUAAAGGGUGCAGACAUCAGCGUUGAGAGCGAGCACGGGAAUGUGUCAAUAGGGUCCCUGCAGGGUAACGUGAACAUCCAUGCCAGAGGUUGCAACUCGGUGAACAUCGAUAAGCUGCAAGCGAUUAAAGCAUGCGUUUCCACCAAGCGUGGUCCACUGAACGCUAAAUUUAUUUACGCGGAAUCGUCGCAGUUCAGCUCUACUUCUGGAACUGUGAAUUUGGGGAGCACACACGGAAACACAGUCGUUACUACGGACGAGGGACACAUCGUCAUAGAAAGCCUGGACGGGGGGUUGGUGGCUCGCACGCGAGCGGGCGACGUCACGGUGCACCUCUCUCAGCCCAGCGCCGUGGACCUUUACAGCGAGCGAGGAGAUGUAAAUAUCAAAUUCCCAGACUCCCUGGGGCUAGAAUUCCUUGUUACUGGUGGGAAAGGAGUGGUCGUAAGUCCUGAUGUUCACCUGGAGAGCAUGGAGCUCAGCACUAAAGGAAGCACUCAGUCCUUGACAGGUCGGUUGAGCAAGGGUGGCAUGCUGGUCAGAGCCACGUCUAAGCACGGCACAGUGCGUCUGCAACGGCAAAGCUGGUUUCAGUCUCUCGGCCUGAAGGGAAAAUGAACGUUGUUUGGAAGACACGAAUGCGUGAAAAAUGAAUCGAGAAAACAUUAACCGUCGGAGAUUCUUCUGACGACAUUGUCGUUGUAAUGUCCAAUGGAAAUGUAUGAUGGGCAACGUUGAGAGAACGUAAGAAGGUCGCAAAGUAGGGCUCGGGAUGUAAAUAUGGGCAAAUGAAAGAUCUUGCGGAACAAGUUCACUUCAGCUGGAGACCAUUUUUUUUCAUCAAGUAAGGCGCACUGAGCUACAUAGCUCUUUUUCAGAAGCGACCUGGCCACAAAUGAUUGCCCAAUGCAGUGACUUAUCACGGGGAAAUGUGUCGCAGCCAAAAUACUCGAAACAUCUGUCGAAGUGACACGACUGAUAAAACACAGAAACAUAUUUGUACCUUGGACCGCUAUUUUAAGUUUGGACCGAAAUCUGAAUUUUGAAAUAAAGAGGUGGAUGAUUGCA